UCCCAGAGUGCAUCAUCGCCUACUAGGCUGUGUUAAGCCGUGUGCAACUUCCAAACUGUUUUUGCGUUGUGUGUUGAAGUUGUUCGAGGUUUUAUCAUUGCGGUUUAUGCGUCCAUUAUCAAUUUGUAACUUCUGAUAAGCCCAUUCCCGGCUGUAGUGAAGAGUUGUUCGAGUAAUUGAAGUGUUAUUCCCAGUUUGACGUUCGAUCGGUGCUAGUCGUGCCAAAAAGUGCGUAAGUGCAAGUGAAUAAUUGGUGGGUCAAGUAGGUCAGUGUCCUUGCAGAGAGAAGCUACUUUAUCGAUCUGAAAUUCCCCUUUUCCAGUUCUCUAUAUCGCCACCAAUCUAAAGUGAUCACGUCAAGAUGGCCUGCUACCAGAUGGGACCCAACACGCACUCCAUUCCGAUGACGCUGUUCCGGGAGAAUCGGGACCGCGUGAUGGCGGAACUGCGCAAGGUUCCGGCCCUGGAGGGCAAGCAGGCGCUGGUGGUUCUGCAGGGGGGAGACAACAUCAGCCUCUACGAUACCGACGUUGAUUACGUGUUUCGGCAGGAGUCCUACUUCACGUACCUGUUCGGCGUCACCGAGCCGGGCUGCUACGGCACCGUGGACGUGACAUCCGGCCGGGCCACCCUCUACGUGCCCCGUCUACCGGCGGAGUACGCCGUGUGGAUGGGCCCGCUGCUCACGCCGGACGACUUCAAGACGAAGUACGAGGUCGACGCGGUGCACUACGCCGAUGAGAUUGAUGUCAAGAUUGGCGAAGAGAAUCCUUCCGUGCUGUUGACCCUGUGUGGACCCAACUCGGACAGUGGUCUUCAGGCGAAGCCAGCCAACUUCAAAGGAAUUGAAAAAUUCGUUGUCGAUUCAGACAUUCUUUUCCCAGUGAUCGCUGAAUGCCGCGUCUUCAAGUCCCCGGCGGAGAUCGAGGUGCUGCGGUACGUGGCGCGCGUCUCGUCCGACGCCCACAAGCAGGUCAUGAAGAAGAUCCGCCCGGGCUGGCACGAGUACCAGGGCGAGUCGGAGUUCCUGCACCAUUCGUACGCGGUGGGCGGCUGUCGGCACGUGUCGUACACUUGCAUUUGCGGCGCCGGCUCGAACUCGGCAAUUUUGCACUACGGCCACGCUGGUUCGCCGAACGACCGGCUGAUCGAGGACGGCGACAUGUGUCUGUUCGAUAUGGGCGCGAAUUACGGCGGGUACACGUCGGACAUUACGUGCAGCUUUCCGGUGAACGGGAAGUUUAGCGCCGAUCAGAAGCUGAUUUAUGAAGCGGUGUUGGCUGCUCGGGAUGCCGUUUGCGGAAGUGCCAAGGAGGGGGCUUGCUGGGUUGAAAUGCAUCGGCUGGCCAAUCGGGUUAUGUUGGAGGCUUUGAAGGCGGGAGGAUUGCUGCAGGGAGAGGUCGAGGACAUGAUGGCCGCUGGGUUGAAUGCUAUCUUCCAGCCGCACGGAUUGGGACACUUUUUGGGGCUGGACGUGCACGACGUGGGCGGUUAUCUGGCACACUGCCCGGAACGUCCAGCGGAGCCGGGAGUGUGCCGUCUGCGAACGGCUCGUACCCUGAAGGCGGGGAUGUAUCUGACGAUUGAGCCCGGCUGUUACUUUAUUGCUCCGCUGCUGGAGAAGGCGUUUGCUGAUGAAAAUUUGGCCAAGUUUUUGGUGCGCGACCAGAUUGAACGCUUCCGUAACUUUGGCGGGGUUCGCAUCGAGGACGAUGUGCUGAUUACGAAGACUGGCAUCGAGAACUUUACGCUGGUGCCGAGAACCGUUGACGAGAUCGAGGCCUGGAUGGCACGUUAGAGAGGAGCAAUAUUUAGCAAAAAAAAAAACAAUAAUUUUGUUUUCAUUUAUCGUUCAAUAUAUUUGUAUUUCUUCUUGCAAGAACCAAUAAAAAAUAAUUUUCUAUGA